AGCUCCGCGCCGGGGGCGGGAGGGGGCGGGGAGCGCGCCAGCCGGGGAGAGUGGGGGGCGAUGGCGAAGCUCAGGGUGGCUUACGAGUACACGGAAGCCGAAGACAAGAGCAUCCGGCUCGGCUUGUUCCUCAUCAUCUCCGGCGUCGUGUCGCUCUUCAUCUUCGGCUUCUGCUGGCUCAGUCCCGCGCUGCAGGAUCUGCAAGCCACGGCGGCCAACUGCACGGUGCUGUCGGUGCAGCAGAUCGGCGAGGUGUUCGAGUGCACCUUCACCUGUGGCACCGACUGCAGGGGCACCUCGCAGUACCCCUGCGUCCAGGUAUACGUCAACAACUCCGAGUCCAACUCCAGGGCGCUGCUACACAGCGAUCAGCACCAGCUCCUGACCAACCCCAAGUGCUCCUAUAUCCCGCCCUGUAAGAGAGAAAACCAGAAGAACUUGGAAAGUGUCAUGAACUGGCAACAAUACUGGAAAGAUGAGAUCGGUUCCCAGCCAUUUACUUGUUAUUUUAAUCAACAUCAAAGACCAGAGGACGUUCUCCUACACCGCACGCACGAUGAGAUUGUCCUGCUGCACUGCUUCCUCUGGCCAGUGGUGACGUUUGUGGUGGGCGUUCUCAUUGUGGUCCUGACCAUCUGUGCCAAGAGCCUGGCGGUCAAGGCAGAAGCCAUGAAGAAGCGCAAGUUCUCCUAAUGCUGGAGGAGGAUUGUGGGAAGCCAAGCGCAGAGGCUGCCCUGUCAGCAGCACUCGCCUGCCCUGCAGAGCCCACAUUUGGUGGCGCAGGAGAUGGAAGGGGCCACAGCAGGCCUCCACGAGGCCCCUUCUUCAGUGGCAUCAGAAACAGGCAUGGAUGGAAGACUCGGGAACUCAUCGCCUGCCUUCCGCGGGCCGUAGCAGUGGCUAAAGGGUCAAACUCUUCUUAGCUAUGUGGAGUGACUAACUGUUGGGAAAACCCUCUGAGAAGUUGGUUUUCUUUGGAAAAGUAACAGUAUCUUAUUUGUAUAGUGUAGUAUACAAACCAUUAUGAUUUCUGCUACUUACAGAUAUUAAAAUACAGUGCUCUCUGUGCUCUUUUCUAUUUUCUUUUUUAUGCUUAGAUCACCAGGGUAUUUAAAGGGGCCUCAGGGUUUUCACUUGACUCUGCUAGAUUUAACUUAGCAUUCAAAACUGCAGGUUAAGACAUAACCGCCCAUUUCCACUAGAAAAUAGUAUCUUGACUCCUACUUGAAAAAAGUAAUUCUACAGUGGUGACUCGGCCUCUGGCCACUCUGGUUUUGUUUUUGUUUUUCCUUUGAAGACUGACAAAACAUCCUCCACUGCCUGCCUUUGCGUGGCCAUUAUUAUUUCUGGCCAGAUGACUCUGUAAGAGAGAGGCCUGAUUCUGAAGAAGGCCUGUCUAAGCUCUGGGGACACAAUUCUUAUUCAUCUGUUCAUGCUAUUUAUUUAUUCAUUUAUUUGAAGUGCUAGGCAUCAAAACAGAGGCAUUACGCAUGCUAGACAACCCCUGGACCACUGAGCCAGAGUCCCAGCCUUCUUCAUUUUUUUUUUUUUUCCUUUUUGGCAGAUUUUUUUUUCUGUGCAGUAGAACAUACAUGACAUGAAACACUCUUUCAGUUUAUAGUUGAAUGCUGUUUUCCUCCCCUCCCCCCCCCCCCCCGUUUUUCUUUUUCCUGUUAGGACUGAAAACAAAGUCAGUUCGAGCAUUUCAUAUUCCUUGCCCUGAUGUUCUAGUGUCCAAGCGGGGUGAUGACUGCAGUUGUUCUGUUUGCUCAGACAGAGCUGUGGAGGCAUCCUGGCUCCCCCGCACUGCUGCUGGGCUUUCGGUACCUUCAAAAGUGCAUCCUGGCCAGCCAUGGGUGGCGCAGGUGGCCCUCUCUGUGUUCAAGGCCAGCCUGGCCUACACGGUGAGUUCCAGGACAGCCAGAGGUACAUGGUGACACCCUGUCUCAUUUUUUUUUUUUUUUUAAUGCAUCAGAAACCGUCACCUUUGCAUCUGUUCCUAGACUUGAAUUCCAAACACCAACCACGAGUCUCGGCUGAUAUCAGACCCGCCCUAUUGGCCAUCCAGAAUCGGGCCUUCAUUCAGAUGAGAUGCACAUUUUCAGUGGAGGAACAGCUGACAGCAGGGUGUUGGCCUUGGCUUUCUUCUCACUCUGCAGACACGUUGCCCUUAGAAUAACAUUGGACAGGCUCACCUUGGUUAUCUCCUCGGGGGAUUGAACACUUGAGUGAGUGAUGACUCCCUCCCAUGUGGUCCACACAUCACUGUCUUCUUGACUUCAGAGUGGAAGCUAUCAAGAGUACCCUAGUGCUCUGGAAGAACGUUGGAAGAAUACAGUCAUUUUUUCCCCCUAAUUCAGGUGUUCCAGGUUUCACUGUGAAUAAGGCCCGGCAUACACUAUUUAUGACAUCCUUUGAGGCUGCUUCCGUGCCUUGACUUCCUUCCCAGUUUUCUCUUGCAGUAUCCCUGUUGUCUUAGCAACACAGAACUAUUCUGAAGCACCGGGUAACACGAAACCAGGAGUCAGAGAAAAAUCAUCGUCUUGGCAUCACACGGAGGGAGAUGAAGUCUGUUUUAUCCUCAUCCAAUUAUCUAUGAUUAACUGACUAUAGAGAACACACAAACCUUAAGAGCCCAUGGACAUAUGUCUGUGUUGGAAUAAAAGGAAAGAACAUGUUAA